AUGAGCGGAUGGCACAUCUCUAGUCUCGAAGCUGCAUUACCGGGUGUAGACGAACUGGAUGCUGCUCCUCCCGAUAGAUGCUGGUACAUCCUGAAAGUAGUAAUUGGUAGCACAGUAGAGACCGUCAAAAAUGUGGACAAUGGAACGAAUGGUUCGACCGACGAGUGCCAAACGCUUAUGUGCGAGAACGCACGCGCAGCAAUGCUGCAACAAGUGACUCGACAAAACGACGAUUCGGACGAUUUUGUUUCAUACUCCUGCAAAGUGAACAAAGCGUGUUGGAACUUCAAGCUGGGUGAUUUGACGGAAGAGCAGUUCAAAACGCUCAUCUUUGUGUGUGGACUGAAAUCACCGAAAGAUUCCGACAUUCGCAUGCGUCUGAUCACCAAGCUGAAUGACAUGGCGGACAUAACCUUGGAAAAAGUCGUUGAAGAGUGUCAGAACAUGGUUAACCUCAAAAAGGACACCAGCCUCGUGGAAAAACUUUCUGCGUCGGUAGCAGUACAUGCGGUUCAUCAGCAGGGCAGCUCGAGGUUCAAACGGAAGCAGCAAAAACCCAAGCACGAGUUCAAACAGCAGACGUUCGGUAGUGGAUUUAGCAACGAGCAGCCUAAAACACCAUGUUGGCCAUGCGGGGGCAUGCAUUUCUCGAAGGAUUGUCAGUUUCGGGAACAUCAGUGCCGUGACUGCAAGAAAAAGGGACAUAAGGAAGGAUACUGCGCCUGCUUCUCUAAGAAAUCAGCCAACGUCAAGAAGAAUGUAGGAGCGACCAUGAAGGAAGUGAAUAUCGUUUCCGUCAAAAAUAUCAGCCAGGGGAGGAAGUUUGCCGAGGUCCGGAUGAAUCAUGUUCCGACACGACUACAGAUCGUCUCAGAGUCGGAUAUUACUAUCAUAUCCGAGCAACUUUGGAACCAGAUUGGUCAGCCUCCGGGAGUGCAACCCUCCUGCAGAGCUAAAACCGCUUCUGGAGAACCCCUGGACCUUAUAUUGGAGUUCUGGUGUGACGCGGAAAUUGGCGGCAUUUCGAAACGAGGUUUGUGCCGUGUACACAUUCUGCGCAAAGUCAGCGGUUCAUCAUCAAAUGGCAUUCAGGCGCUGCAAUCACAGUUCCCCAAGGUGUUCACCAGCAACUUGGGUCUAUGCAUCAAAACAAGAGUUCGGCUCACACUGAAAGGGAACCCAAAACCAAUUUUCCGUCCUAAACGUCCCGUGGCAUACAGUAUGCAGAAUGCUGUGGAAGACGAAAUUCAGCGUCUACAGAACCUGGGCAUCCCCGUUCCUGUCGACCAUUCUGACUGGGCAGCACCAAUCGUGGUUGUGCGCAAACCAAAUAGCACCGUCCGCAUUUGUGCUGACUUCUCCACCGGGCUCAACAACGCUUUAGAGCCGAACCAGUAUCCAUUACCACUACAUGAGGACAUUUUCACGAAAAUGGCAGGCUGCAGGUGGUAUAGCCACAUUGAUUUGUCGGACGCAUACCUCCAGGUGGAAUUCGAUCCCAGAGACCAGUAUUUACUGACCAUCAACACGCAUAAGGGAUUGUUUCGCUACACCCGUAUCACCCCGGGCAUCAAGUCAGCGCCGGGGGCAUUUCAACAGUUGGUGGACACAAUGAUUGGUGGUCUCGCUGGCACGUGUGGUUAUUUAGAUGACAUUUUGGUCGGUGGUCGCACUGAAGAGGAACACGACAACAACCUAAAACAAGUGCUCCGCCGUCUUGAAGAGUACGGAUUUACCGUCAGGAUAGAAAAAUGCAGUUUUCGGAUGCCUGAAGUGAAGUACCUCGGACAGAUUUUGGAUGGGAAUGGAAUCAAUCCGGAUCCCAACAAAACAUCGGCUAUCGCAAUCAUGCUAGCUCCUCACGACAUCCCUUCGUUACGUUCGUAUCUUGGUGCCGUUAAUUAUUACGGAAAGUAUGUUCCGGAGAUGCGCAAACUACGGUACCCGAUGGACCAACUACUGAAAGCUGGCGUGAAAUGGGAAUGGUCAGAUGCAUGUCAGCGCUCGUUCGAUCGAUUCCGUGACAUUCUGCAGUCUCCGCUAGCACUUGCCCACUACAAUCCAAAACUGGGUCUUAUAGUUUCGGCAGACGCUUCACAGCACGGUAUUGGCGCUCGCAUUGCUCAUCAGUUCCCGGACGAAACAGUUAAAGCGAUUUCCUAUGCUACUCGCAGUCUCACACCAGCAGAGUCCAACUAUAGCCAAAUCGAGAAGGAGGGUCUCGCACUCAUCUUCGCCGUAACUCGUUUUCAUCGGAUGAUUUUUGGUAGAAAAUUCACACUUGAAACCGAUCAUAAACCGUUAUUGGCCAUCUUUGGCAGCAGAAAAGGAAUCCCGGUGUACACCGCGAACAGACUACAGCGUUGGGCACUUACACUGUUGCUGUUUGAUUUCAAUAUCCAGUACGUCAAAACGGAGAGUUUCGGGUACGCAGAUAUUCUAUCUAGGCUGAUCAACACCCAUGUUCGGCCGAAUGAAGAAUACGUCAUUGCAUCGAUCGAGUUGGGGGACUGCAUGCAGAACAUAAUCAAGCAGUUCCUGGAAGAUUUCCCCGUCACCUUUAAGAUGGUCCAAAAUGAAACGCAGUCGGAUUCAAUUCUCAAACAGCUGCAACAAUACUACCAGCGUAAAGACAGUCUUUCAGUGGUUUCCAACUGCGUGUUGUACGGAGAACGUUCAGUUUUUCCAUCCAAAUUUCGGAUCCGUGUUCUCCGUCAACUCCACAAAGGACACCCCGGCGUGGAGCGUAUGAGGUCGGUGGCACGUAACUAUGUCUAUUGGCCUGGCAUCGACGAGCAGAUCACGCUGCUCGUUCGUUCAUGCACCGAAUGCGCUAAGGCAGCGAAAACCAGCAGUAAAGUAAAUCUGGAGAGUUGGCCUUCACCGCAAAAACCAUGGCAACGUGUACAUGCAGAUUAUGCUGGACCUGUGGACGACUUCUACUACCUUAUCAUGGUGGAUGCAUUCAGCAAAUGGCCUGAGAGAAAUUGCCACGGUAUGCCAGAGACGCUGGUAACUGACAAUGGUCGUCAGUUUGUCAGCGAGGAUUUCGAGCGCUAUUGUGAGCAGAACGGCAUACUCCAUCUGAAGACACCGCCAUAUCACCCACAAUCCAACGGGCUUGCUGAACGCUUCGUAGACACGUUUAAGAGGACGCUGAAAAAAAUCACAUCGGGGGGAGAGGCCCUCCGCGAAGCAAUAGCAACCUUUUUGCUUUGUUAUCGCUCUACACCGUGUCGAAGCGCACCCCAGGGAAAAUCACCAGGCGAGCUGCUACUGAGUCGGCCACUCCGAACUUCAUUGAUUCUGUUGAGGCCACCCACACCAUUCCACAAAGUUGCAGAUCCCAAGCAGAACGCUCAGUUUAACAAAAAACAUGGUGCAAAACCGAUGAAUUACGACUUCAAAGAACUUGUCUGGGCAAAAGUACAUCGCAAUAACACUUGGUCUUGGGAACCAGGACAAGUAUUGGAAAGAGUCGGUCGAGUGCUAUACAACGUCUGGCUACAGAGUAAACAGAAUCUCAUUAGGACUCACUGCAACCAACUACGUAGGCGAUAUAUAUGUGAACAAACCGAGUUGACUGAGCAGCAGCAGCCAGCGUUAAUCCCACUCAACCUUCUUCUGGACUCGUGUGGGCUUUUACCAGUAGCAGUUGAUGCAGCUGCACCGGAGCCUGAUCCAGAGUCACAACCAUCAUCAUUCGAGAGUCAGCCUCUCGAAUCUCCCGAACCUAGGACAAUUAUCCGAAAUCCUUCCCUCAUCUCAUCAAGAGCUACUCCUCAGCUAGAACCAGUUCAGCCUCGCCAAUCUUCACGACCCAGAAGAAAGCCGGUGAGGUAUGACCCGUAUUACCUUUACUAA